AUGAUCACGUUUACGCCGUUGUCUGGUGCUGCACACUCCUCCAAUGCGACCCCUCUCGCGUAUUUGCUCCAAGUAGACGACGUCCGUAUCCUUCUAGACUGUGGUUCACCAGACUGGUCUCCAGAGCCCUCACCAUUCGAAGAACAUCCAGAGCACGACAGCGGCGACGUCCCAUGGACUAAAUACUGCGAAGCUCUACAAAAAUGUGCACCUACGGUCGACCUUGUUUUGCUCUCACAUGGUGAUCUUGCCCAUUGCGGUCUGUAUCCGUGGGCAUACACGAAUUGGGGCUUGAAAGCCCCAGCUUACACGACGCUACCUGUGCAAGCAAUGGGUCGUAUCGCGGUUACGGAAGACAUUGAAGGCAUUAGAGACGAGGAAAAUGUUGAUGGCGAGCGCGAAGCCGAACCAGACAAACAAAAGCAAGACACGGACGGCACUGAAGAAAUCUCUGCAGAGUCACCUUCAUUCAUAUUCAACCCCAAGAGGAAAUUUGUCUCCACUACCGCUGAAGUUCAGGACGCCUUCGAGUCCAUAAACACGCUUCGUUAUUCGCAACCAACGCAUCUUCAAGGCAAAUGUCAGGGAUUAACUAUAACACCGUUUAAUGCAGGCCAUACUCUUGGUGGAACUAUCUGGAAAAUACGGUCGCCGUCCUCCGGAACUAUUGUCUACGCUGUCAACGUCAACCACAUGCGUGAACGGCAUUUGGAUGGGACUGUUCUCAUUCGUCAGGCUGCCGGAGGCAUUUUUGAUCCCCUUGCCAGGCCAGAUCUGCUAAUUACUGAUGCGGAACGCGCAUCCGUAACGACAAGCCGACGUAAAGACCGAGAUGCUGCCCUCAUCGAUACCAUAAGCGCGACACUGGGUUCUAGAUCUUCUCUCCUCCUCCCCUGUGAUUCCAGCACUCGAGUGCUUGAGCUUCUUGUUCUGCUGGAUCAGCAUUGGAAUUACUCUCGGCUCCGUUACCCCAUCUGCCUACUUUCGAGGACAGGUCGGGAGAUGCUAACCUUCGUACGAAGUAUGAUGGAAUGGCUCGGGGGAACGAUUAGCAAAGAAGACGUCGGAGAAGAGGGGACAGGACGUCAGAAUCAAAACAAGCGACGGAGGGAUGAGGAGGGAGAUGAGGACGCAUUGGGGGCCCUCACUUUUUUUAGGCACUUGGAAUUCUUCCCAAAUCCUCAAGCACUUUUGCAAACAUAUUCCUCCAAGGACCCCAAGCUAAUUCUUGCAGUUCCGGCGUCUUUAUCACACGGUCCCUCGCGCAAUAUGUUUUCUGACUUUGCAGCCGUCCCCGACAACGUCGUGUUGCUAACCGGACGUAGUGAGGAAGGAACGCUGGGACGCGCCCUGUUCGACAAGUGGAACAACUCCCAAAGGCCCGAUGACAAGUGGGACAAAGGCAAAAUAGGAAGCAAUGUCAUGAUGGAUGGGGCGAUCACAAUAAAGAUGAACCACAAAGUCCCCCUCCAAGGCGCAGAAUUGGAAGCCCAUCUUCAAGAGGAACGUGUCGCAAAGGAGAAAGAAGCUGCGCAUCAGGCCGCUCUUGCCCGCAACCAGCGUAUGUUGGAGGCAGAUGAGGAUGAUAGCGAUUCGGACUUGGACUCAGAUGCUGACGAAGAGGCUGAAGUCAGGCAAGCAUUGGGUGGAGAUAUGAUGGACACGGACGACGGCGAAGGCUUGACGAAACAACUAUUGUCAUUUGACAUCUACAUCAAAGGCAACGUUUCCAAAGCCACAUCUUUCUUCAAAAUUUCUGGUAGUCAGACACAACGCUUUAGGAUGUUCCCAUAUGUUGAGAAGAAGAGGAGGGUAGAUGAAUACGGGGAGACUAUCGACGUUGGGAUGUGGCUGAGAAAAGGCAAGGUUCUUGAAGAAGAAGCUGAGAGCGACGAGGUCAAGGACUACAAACGUCGAACACAAGCAGAGGAGGAAGCAAAGGCAUCGAUUCGGGAACCCCCUUCAAAAUACGUGACGACUGAAAUCGAAAUUCAACUGGCUUGUCGCUUAUUGUUUGUCGAUAUGGAGGGCUUGAACGAUGGCCGUGCCGUGAAAACCAUCGUUCCUCAAGUCAACCCCCGCAAGAUGAUCAUCGUUCACGCCCCGCCAAAUGCGACGGAAGCGUUGAUCGAGAGCUGUGGCAAUAUUCGUGCGAUGACCAAGGAUAUAUACGCCCCAACAGUCGGCGAGAGCAUACAAAUCGGACAGCAGACCAACAGUUUUUCUAUAUCAAUCAGCGAUGAGCUUUUGGCUUCCCUCAAAAUGUCAAGUUUUGAAGAUAACCAAAUUGCAUACGUCAGAGGCCGAAUUGUGGCCCAUGCUACCUCGACAAUACCCACAUUGGAGCCAGUGUCUUCAUCCACACUUUCCGAGGAUCCUGUAGAUAGUAAGGUAACCGUGAAACGGAGAACGCUCGGUUCACGACAACAAGUUGCAUUACCCCAUUCAACGAUGAUUGGCGAACUCAAACUGACGGCACUGAAAGCACGACUUGCGAGCAUUGGUGUGCAGGCUGAACUCAUCGGAGAGGGUGUUCUCAUCUGUGGAGCUGGCGCGAAGCGCAACGCGUCUUCUGACACGCUUGGUGAAUCUGUUUCUGUCCGGAAACUGGCGAGGGGCACGGUAGAGCUUGAGGGGAACGUAUCAGAGGUGUAUUAUAUGGUACGGAGAGAAAUCUAUAGUCUCCACGCACUUGUUGCCACUUAG